AGUUUCACCCGAGGCUCUUCUUAAAUAUUCCCCUCUGGUGAUCGACUUCAACUGGAGAAAUGACUCCACCUCUUUAAACUCCUGGUUUGGACGUGGCUCAGCUUUACGCUGCUUUUUAUUAUUUGGCUGCGGUGUUGCCUGGAGAGGAAACUAGCAUCGUGCUUUGUGGAAUUAAACCGUGUAUGGAUUUUAUUUUUCAGUGAUGAGUCGCCUGGCUGCUUCUAGCUCGUCGCAGCAGGGGAGUCAAACCUUGACGAAUAUAAAUAUACCUGUUAGAAAGUUUCAGAUUGGAACCGUCGUGCUCCGUUAACCCUUCUGUCAGAUCUCUGCUAAGAACAGAAACACCAACUAAAUGAACUCCAGCAUGUCAACAGGUGACGAGAGUUCAAUCGAUGUUUGUGGACUUGAACUCCUCUCUGCAGACAAAUGGGAGACUGUUUUGAGCUUCAUUGUAGUCGUAGUACUAGUCGUACAUUUGAGAUUCCUCCGGGGAAGGUCAUCCAUCAAGUGCUGCACGGACGACCAAACAGGAAGAACACAUCACUGUUGUUCGCUCCACAAACCGCUGGUUAGCAGAUGUUGUGCUUCGUAACGGGACUCGCUGUUGACAUGUUUCUAACACGUGUUCUGUUGAAACCAGUUCUCUCCACCCUGGCUGGUGAGGAAGUUUUCUACAGCAAUAAAUCGGUUCCCGUAUGAGAUGAGAAACGACCUAACCCCUACGAUGUCCUGGACCACAGAGACACCGUUGAUGGAUUAAACAAGUGGAAAGGAUCUUCAGCGGCCGGCAAAUAAUAUACUCGAGAUGCAGGAGGCCGCUGAGGCCUGCAGCCUGGACGAUGACAUGGCGGACGGGGACCUUGGGGACGGGACGGGAGUCGGAGCGGCACCGAGCUCCCCGAAGAACAAGAGCCACGGCUUUACCGGCCAGACGGAGACGCUUCUGUCCCGAAUGGAGACGCUGGGACCGGAGGGAGAGGCGGGCGGGAUCCACGGACUGAAGAGCACGGGGACGCCGCUGGGAACCCGUUGGAAGCCGCCCCCCUGCGGCUCACUAGUGGAACUGUCCCAAGAAGAGCUCAGAGACCGGCUACGGGAAGCGACUGAGGCGAUCGACGUAUUGUGCUGCGAGUUGGAGGUGGCGCAUCGCUACAUUGAAGGCAAAUACGAAGCUCUGAAGAUCCUGCAGGGGAAGGCCAUUCUUGACAAAGCCACGAGUCACACUAAGAGUCUGCUGCAGAAAAGCGAGGCGCAGGCCAAAGCUCUGGAGAAGGAGGUGAACAGAUUGCAGUGGGAACUCAGCUUCAACCAGGUCCAGAUGAAGAAGUCCCAGCAAUCCUGGGAAGAGAAAUGCAACAGAAUUUUGAGUGAGAACAAGAACCUGAGUGACAACCUGGAGGAAAGCAGCCGCGUUGUCCUGCAGCUCCGAGCAGAGAAUUCAGCUUGCAGUCGGCAGUGCUUGGAGCUUCUCUCCAUGCUGAGUGUGAAGGAGCAGAGAGCUUUCCAAGGAGGCCAACUUCAAACCAGCCCAGAGAGGGACGCCAGCGUUCUGGAGCUUGCGGUUCUGGGGGCCUGCCGGUGUGUCGGUGCUGCUGAGGCUUGUCCGUGCAGCCGCGCCGCCGCCGCCAGCAGGAAGCAGCUCGUCCAGCUGCAGCAGGAGCUGGAUUCCCAACGUUUGAGGAGGGAGGAGGCGUCGAUGGUCGCGGAUGCUUUCCGCAUUGCCUUCGAACAGCAGCUGAGGAAACGAAGCGAUCACUUCCUGUUGCUCGCCGAGGCAAAUAUCCUGAAAUCCCAUCACUCCAAAGCUGAAGGUGCAAACCGGAGCCCCCUGAUCAGCGUGAGCCAGCGGUUGAGAGGAUUGCUGCCGUCCAAGACGCCCGAUGACCUGUUGGAGACUCUCUACAGACUGCUGGACUUGCUGAACGAUAAGGACGAGGCGCUGGCCCACCAGAGGAAGGUGAGCAUCAUGUUGGCCCGCAGUGCAGAGGAGCUGCAGAGACGGUUGCAUCGGGAUUCCCACGGCGGGCCGGCAGACCCGUCAGAGGACCAGAGUCCGAGCUGUGACCGCCAGUCCCACCAGAGUCCCGCGUCUGAGCAAGGCGACGGCCCGAGCGGCUGCGGCCAGGACCGCAGAGUCUCUCGGGAGUCCAGGACUGAACCGCCAGAGCUGUCGGACCCGUCGCAGUGCGACGUCCAACCUCCGUCCCACCACGAGGCUGACAUCCGACAAAAGGAUCCACCAGAGUCCUGAUCCUGAUUCUUGUGGUUUUAACUCACCGACCGGGAACUUUUCUAACACUCGCACUCACAGAACACACUGCAGGUUCAGAUCUAUCAAUUCACGGACAUUUAUUUAAAGUCCCACGUACGAGAUGAUGGAACCACUCUUUAGUCUAUACAUUCAUUGAACAUCACAUUGUGGGGGGUCUCGUAGGUCCACCAACGAGUCAAAAGAUUAGCACAGUCUAUAAGCACCUUAUCUUGCCUCAUUAUCCAUUACAUAGGGACGUCCAUUAAGGCUUCCGACAAGUUUUGUCAGGAGACUUUUGUUUCGUACCAAUACUGGACUGGACUAAUAACUGGAACCUAAAAGACUUUCAGAAAAUAAAAGCGUCAAAGAAGUAUCUUUGAGGCUGAAUGGAGAGUACACCAGUGUCACAACGCACAACGCCACGUUGAAUCCAACGGAUACCUCUUCAAAUCCAGUUUAAUUCCCUUGUCAGAAUCCCCCCAAACCGAGGCGCUACUGUCUGCGUGAGUGACUGAAGACUGACUGAGGAUUCCCUCAUCAGCCAAGUGGGACCCAGCGAGCUCCAAUAAAGCUCUACAGUGCAAUCCCUAAUCAUCAAUUUUA